AUGGCAAGGCGCUUGACUACGAUUAGUUCGAAAUCAAGAGAUUCCAGCGACCCCUGGUUAGGUCAAAAGACAACUCCUUUUUUGCCUAUGCGUAGCCCAUUCCCACGGCGUAGGCAUUGUGCAUUUGCUAAUUUUCGCUGUAGCCUCCGUCCGCUCCUUCUUGAUUAA